UGACCGUCAAUGGUAGAGAGCGGAAUACACUGACCGCAGUAAUACAACCAAACGUCACCAACCAAGAAGAAGAAGAAAAACGCGAGGAAGAAAGCUACCGUCGUUGAAGUUUAUCCACAGCCCGUUCUUCAUCAUGGCGCUGAAAUCAGGAGAGGAGCGUCUGAAAGAGAUGGAGGCUGAGAUGGCUCUUUUUGAGCAGGAGGUUCUUGGAGGUCCUGCAGUGUUAGGCAGCUCACCUGUGAUGGAUGGAGUACCCAUGGCGCUCUCUGCCCCGGCUCUUCAAAUGGUGCGGCCCAUUAUAGGCACGAACACCUACAGACAGGUUCAGCAGACAUUGGAUGCCAGAGCUGCUAGCUUCGUUGGACCUCCACCACCGGUCUUUGCAGGACCAGUCCCUCCAGUACGUCCUCCCUUGCUGAGACCAGCCUUUGUCCCUCAUAUCCUGCAGAGACCUGUUGGGCCGAGGAUGCAGAUGAUGCGUGGUCCUCCAAUGGCUCCUCCUCUGCCCCGGCCUCCUCCACCCCCUCCCAUGAUGCUCCCACCUUCCAUGCAGGGACAGACGCUUCAGGGUUCCUCUCAGCCUGUCCAGCACAUGGGCGGCCCGCCUCAGGUCCGCAAUAUGGGCUCCAUGGUGUCGAGCCCGCCCACAAGACAGGGACCGCCGCCCUCUGCCAAACAGAUGCCAUCGAUCUUCCAAGCGGCACCGACCGUCUACUCUGCUCCUCCCGCCCCGUCUGGACACAAAAGAGUUGACGUUCGUGCUCAGAGACAAGCCAGAAUGGAGGAGCUGGCAGCGCGCGUCGCCGAGCAGCAGGCAGCCGUGAUAGCGGCAGGUCUGCUGGACAAGAAGGAGAGCGAAGACAGCGGCAAGGCCAUCGGGCCCAAAAUGCCUGAGCCCGAACCCGCCCACACCGAGCCCGUGGAAAGUGCAUCAGAGGACAGAAAGAGAUCCCGGUCGGAGAAAGUGAGGAAGUGUAUCCGCACUGCAGCGGGGACCAGCUGGGAGGACGCCAGUCUGUUGGAGUGGGAAUCGGAUGAUUUCCGUAUAUUCUGCGGUGACCUUGGCAACGAGGUGAACGAUGACAUCCUGGCCCGUGCGUUCAGCAGAUACCCGUCUUUCCUCAAAGCUAAGGUGGUGAGAGACAAGCGCACAGGAAAGACCAAAGGCUACGGCUUUGUCAGCUUCAAAGAUCCAAAUGACUACGUCAGAGCCAUGCGAGAGAUGAAUGGAAAGUACGUUGGCAGUCGACCCAUCAAACUGAGAAAGAGCAUGUGGAAGGACCGCAACAUGGAAGUGGUGCGCAAGAAGCAGAAAGAGAAGAAGAAGCUGGGCCUCAGAUAGCGUGUGUGUAUAUGUGUGUUUGUGUGUGCGUUUGUAUGUGUGUGCGUGUGUGUUGCAGCCCAGUGGACUGACAUCAUUGCGUGAGAGCCUGACUCUUAUUCGGAUUUGUCUAAUUGGAAGACGUGUCGUCUUUUUUUGUUCUUCCUUAAAUAAAACCAUCAUUUCUUA